AUGAAAUGUAUGAUCCAUGACGACAAUAUGGAAUCAGUAUGGAAAGAAAUAACAGAGUCUCUUUCGAGACAACAUCUUGACGAAGAAAAUAAUAAAAAGAAAAAAAUUCGACAACAGUCAUCGUCAAUCACUGAAAAAACAACUUCGCCAAUGCCUUCAAAAACAGUAACAACUGAUAAUGAACAAGAGACAACAUCAUCAACAACUAUAACAACAUCAGGAUCAUUUUAA